UGAUAUUCAAUCCCCGCCGUUGACUUGCGUUCAUCUGCCCGUCCCCCAAAAGGCUCUGUCGGUUGCACCGCCCCGAUUUGUAUCUUUUUCAUGUCAAAAUUAGAUAUUUACCUCAGCAGCUGCGUCAGCUUCUUCUUCGGGAGGUUCAGCAGAGCGAGCGUCGUCCUCCCUUUCACCAUUGACGCAGCUCUAAAAUCCUCUAAUUUCCCCUGUGUGUUAACGUAAUUGCUCGCAAUUGCCAUUGGAUAAUACAGGAAUCGCUUCCCACAUGGCCGACCACCAUGCCGAUGAUUUGGACGAACUCCUCGACAGUGCUUUGGACGAUUUCCAGAGUCUCAACCUUUCUUCUUCCAGAAGUGGAGAUGGUGCUGCGACGAAGCAAGAGGUGGCUCCUUUGCCAUCUGGGGUUCAGGGUUUGGGGAUGGGAUUGCCCGAUUUGAGAAGUAAAAAGCAAAAAGGAAAGCAAAUGGCAUCGAAGGACACUACCCAUGUUACGGAAGCUCUAGACAAACUCAGAGAACAAACGAGGGAAACUGUCAGAGGAUUGGAAUCUGUCACUGGUGCUGAUGAUUUGGGUGGUAAUGCUAUGUUGGAAGAUUGGGUCAAGCAGUUUGAGGAGCUUGCUGGCACUCAGGAUAUGGAAUCUAUGAUGGAAAACAUGAUGCAGCAUCUGCUGUCAAAGGAGAUUCUUCAUGAACCAAUGAAGGAAAUUGGAGAGAAAUAUCCAAAGUGGUUGGAAGAGCAUGGAGCGACAUUGAGCAAAGAAGACUAUGAUCGCUUUUCACAUCAAUAUCAACUUAUAAAAGAUCUUAAUGAAGUCUAUGAGAAGGAACCAAAUAAUUUCACUAAGAUUGUCGAGCUAAUGCAAAAAAUGCAGGAGUGUGGUCAACCACCAAAUGAUAUAGUUCGGGAGCUGGCACCUGAUUUUGAUAUAUCCAGUCUUGGCCAGUUAUCACCCGAGAUGCUGGAGUCUCAGCCAAAUUGUUGCAUAAUGUGAUGUUCCCGUGAUGUUUUCUUCGUGGUCCAACCGGGUAACAGAGGAGAAGAAAGCUAGCCUGCCAUAUGAUUAAUGUUUUUCAGUAUUCUGUGUCAAAUGUAUUUUAUCUCUCAUAUCCUAAUUUCAAAAAAUUCUGGAAAACAGUGGUAAUUUGAGAGUUUCUUUAGUUAGGUCGUAUAGGAUCUGGCUUGUAUUCUUCUUGAUAAAGUUAACGAACGAUAUCAUUUGAUUCAAGGGCUGGUUUUGU